CCCACUUUCUACGCAAUGAUCCGCGCCAAGCUUUGGGUGCACGAGAGGAACUUUUAUCCCAAUGAGGAGGAGCUCGUCGUGCAUCCCGAUCUCAUCCCAGGCGUCCGAGCGGGCGAUGUGGUCGAGCUCGUCUUCCCCGACCGCGACAACCUGAGGCUGGUGUUACAAGUGCGAUCGCUCACUGUCGGUCAGCAACUGAAAGGCUCCGGUGGGCAGCUAUCCAUCGAGAAGAGCGUGGCCGAAGUGUUCAAAAUCCCAAACCGAACGGACGUGUUUGUCCAACGCAUCUCGUCUGAACCUGUGGCAAUCGAGCUCAUCUCCCUGCAAUUCAAAGACCAGUACAUCAGUCGCAGCGACAUGUGGCGGUUGAAGAGCAAUCUCAUCAACACUUGCGCCUACAUCAACAAGAAGAUUACCUUUACCGGCAUUCGAGCACAGGUCUCGGAACUGUGGUCGAGCGGACGAGAGGUCACCUCUGGGCUCAUCACGGAGCGGACGCGCGUCGUCUUCCGGUCCACCUCUGCACGCUUCUUUAUCUUUUUGCAGCUGAGCUCGGAAAUGUGGGAGUUUGACGAAAAGGGCGAGCUCAACUUUGAAAAGGCCGUCGAUGGGUUUCUGGUAGAGCUGUAUGCUCGCUGGGCUGAGGCUGGCUGCCACCACGACGUUUCCAUCAUCUUGUUCUCGCGUGUCUUUUACGAAGGCACCUUUUCGCGGGAUGACUUGCCGGCGGCUCUGCGAAACACGCUUCAAGUUGACUCGCAUGGUCGCAUCUACGAAGACGUCUACGAGGUUGCCGUGCACAACGACACGAAAGGCGACUGGCGACCCGUCCGCACGCUCCUCCGUCGUGCGUUUUACCGAAUGAAGCCCAUUCGAGAUCUCACUUUCAUUGCCGGCAGCAGCAGCACUAGCACUGGGGCUGCGCUACUCUCUCCUCCACAAGCGACGGCGCGGCCCUUUUUCGGCCAUUCCGCCGCCACUUUGUCCGAAAAUUUGCGCGCCGACGCGGACGCCGCCCAAGCCGACAAGAAUGCCCCCGUCCAUAUUCCAGUCCGCGCACGCGUGUCAAACGCAUCUCGUGGCAACUUUUUAGAGGUCAUCAACCUGGCCUUGAACGCGUUCGACCGGCAUUACAUUGACCGCAACUUUGACCGCACGGGCCAGAUGAUUGUCAUUAUUACCGCUGGCAGCGGCGCGUUCGAGGUUGACCAAGGCCUCACGCACGUCACCAAGCAACGCAUGGUCGACAAUGGCAUUGGGUGUGAUCUUGUGUGCAUGUCGACUCCUCCGUUGCACACCGUCCCGCUGUUCAAGUUUGUGCGCAAGCCGGGCGACCGCGUGCAUCAUACCGACUUUAACAUUCCGUUCUGGAUUCACAGCAGCUUUUACGAUGUGGCCCACCACGGAAAUUCAGUCUCCGCCAUGCGGCCGUACGCCGUCGACCGGUUUGUGCCCACCUGCCGCAUGUCGGAUGCCCACGACUUUGCCGUGAGUCUGGCCAUGGGUCUGGCGUCAUCUGGACACCGUCACGGCGGCGUUGCUCAUGCCAUUGUUGCCUCACCCCCUGCCGUCUUGGCCGACGUUGAAUUCAAACUUCCCUCUCUUCAGCCGGCUCCCCGUACCCGACGGUCUGGGUCACAGUAUCAACCACAACAGCAGCAACAGCUGCAACAUCAGCAACAUCAGCAACAUCAGCAACAUCAGCGACAACAGCAACAGCAGCAACAGCAGCAACAGCAACCGCAGCAACAGCAACCACAACCAGACGAUUCGGGAGAUCAGGCUUCGCCACGGUCAACUCACUCCGUCCAAUCCGCUCGCUCUCAUCAGUAUGAUGGUCUUGCGACGUCAUACCGGCAACAAUCCUUGCACAUUGGCUCUGUCAUGUCACUUGGAUGGGAAUAUCAAGUGCCUCCGUCGUCGUCCUCUAUUGCGCAAGAUGACAAUCGGAUGGACUAUGAUGCGUAUGAUGAAGGCUUGUUUGGCAACGCCUUUCUGGCCAACCGGAAUCGCGCGCGUGGCAACAGCGACACAAAUCUCCAAGUCUCUGCAUCCACAUCAGCUCUUUUACCGGCGACGACCGCCCAGGCCGACAGUGGUCUGAGUCGAUCGUUCGACUCGCACGCUUCCAUUUCCAACGUGACUGGUAGCAGUGGUCGUGUCGCAAACUCGGGUGCGGUCGGCCACGGCGGCGGCUCGGACGCGUCUCGUCGUGCUGGUGCCGAGCCCUUCCGGCCAAUCGAGUUGCAGCCAGCAAAGGCUCGCACUGGAGGCCUCGGAGGCCUCAGUGGGUUGUCGCUUCAAAAAGCAAGCAUCAUCAAGCUGCACGAGGCAUCUGGCCCUGUUCCUGCUGAAAGGAUCUCACCUGAGGAUGAAGUCAAAGAGGACAAGAAGCAGACAGCUGUGAGCACCACGACUGCGCGCAAUGCUCAAUCGUCGCAGCAGCCAGCGGCCCCUCCAAUCCGACCCAGUGCCACCCCCAUUGCGGUUCGACUUCCACGAGAUGCACGCUUCCAUCACGCGAGCGGCGGCAGUCCGAGUGACAGUGCUUAUUCGUACGAUAUUGACGAAGACGACGAAUUCAGCAUUAGCACUGCACGUCGCAAUCCAAGCUCAUUCAAACGCGGUAGUGUCGAGCCGCCUUCGUAUAUGAGCCGUGCCUCGGUGCAAAGCUCGGCCAAUCGUGCCGGUGGAAUUCCUGGUCUGCACGACCCGCCAUCACGACCAGGGCUGCCUGUGGGCCCGCGUCACCAUGUUGCUGGUGGAGGUGGCCCACCCGAGAGUGCACGUGCACAAGGUGCAGGCGCAGGUGCGAACGACCCCGCUUCUGCCUCCACAGCCCUGGUGCCUGUCUCGCGACCGCUCAUCAAUCCUUUCAAUGGCAUGGACAGCCUGCCCCGCCUGUCGACAAGCCGUCGGCGGUGGACACACAUCUUUCCAAGCUCGUUCUCGGACGCAAACGAACCCCACUCGCCCAAUUGGCGCUCGCUCUGCUCGCCUGGCUGCUUGCCAAUCACGACCGAUUUCUUCCCCACCGAAUCGGACCUGGUGAAUCUGUAUCACACCUAUGCCUACUCAAUGUCCCUCGAAACGGACGAGGCGGCGGAUUCCAUUUACGACAACAACUCGGAGGCAAUGAUGCGUGAGCUCAUUUCACAGCGUCUUGCUCAAGGGUUCCAAUUGAUUGUCUUCCCAAAGAAGGACACCGCUUCCAAGACUGAAUCGGCGGCGAGCAGUACUACUCCAUCCCGGACCAACAGCGUGGUUGCAAACCUGGCAACGAUGGGCACCGAUGGUACCAAUGCUGCUGCUGCUGCUGCAACGCCCGAGCCGUCGCAGCCAGCCGCACAGCCGCCACUCAAAUCGGCUCAGCAACACCAACAACAACAACAGGCACAGGCUGGACUCGGUGACAGUGUGAUUGGCACAACCGCCACAUCCAUCACCAACCCCGACCUGUCGCCCUCGAAAUUCUACCUCAGCAUGGGGCAUCACUACCACCGCUUGCUGUACGAUCCGCGUGCCAAAAUCAUGGAGCUCAAGCGAUACUCGCGCUCGACAAAAAUCAUGAAGCCGAUUGCCUACUCGUAUCGACUGCGCUUUACCAGCUCGCUUGAAGAGCUGCCCAUGACGGCCGAUUUCAUUCCCCAGGUUGCAGACUUUAACUGGAAUUACCUCGAUCAGUUGAUUUGCGGGCACCAGUCUGACUUUAUGUCUUCGCUCAAGUAUUGGCGAGCACGGUUUGUGCUGCUUCCUUUGCCCGCCCGCAAGAGCUCUGCUGCGUCGUCGUCGUUGUCGUCGUCCACUGUUUCAACUCAGCAGCCCGGUGGUGUGGCAGCCGCAGUUGCAUCCACAACUGCAUCAAGGCCGAUACUCUCGCAGCUUGAUCUAGAUCGGGAGCAGCCUGAAGAGGUGGCACAGCGUGUGGCGGGAUUUACAAAGUUUGUCGAAUCGCUCAAUCGCGUGCGCCAAAAGACGCAGACGCACUUUCAAGAAGACGACGUCAAUGUUGACAUUGACGCUCGCUCCCCGUCAGCUGCCGCCGCCCGAAAUAUUGGUGGGCGCAAGUUGCAGCAGUCCGCGUCGAGCAGCAUGCUAUCUGGAACCGCAACGCCGUCCACCGCCAGCAGCCCCAGCGCAGUUGCCGCUCCAUCUUCCAGCAGCAACCAAGAGCGGUUUGACGUUGCCAUCAAGUUGAACACACGACCGGCCGUGUCUGGCGAGGCCCCACCCGGCGGCGGCGGUGGCGCAACUGGCGCUGCCUCCAACGCCUCCGACGUUGCUUCUGCAGUUCCGUCUGCUGUUGGCAACCUUGCAUCAAACACUGCCUCCCCGCGAUCGAGUACACCAAGUCGCCAGCUAUCGAGCUUGGGUUUGCUGGAUCGCGAGCGCCUCCGCUUCCCUCGACUUGGGCGUGACGCGUCGUCGUCCGCUUCCGCGGGGCAAGCCUUGGAGGACGACCCACUCUUGUCCAAGAAGAUUCGCAUUGACAUUGACCCGACACGUCGCAGCGACCGCAAAGAGUGGGUUGUUGUCCAGCAUGAUGCCGCCUACAACCCGCUGACUAGCUUCCACAUUGAGUUGCACUGGCUUGUGAGCACCGGUGUGCUCGUCAACGAGUUGAUUCAGAUGUGGGCACGCAAGGCCACCGCCGUUGGCUUUUCCCUUGUGCCAGCCCCGGUCGAGCAGUUGCGCGUGUCGAAACCGUACGAUCCGUUCCGCGCGCCCUCCUUUAUUCCACUCGCUUACCGACCGCUCAAGGUGCAGUCCAACGGCAGCUCUUCAACCACACCCACCGGCCAAAACGAUGUUGCUUCUUUGGCAGAGAUUGGCAUGGGGGAUUUGGCCGGGGCGGCAGCGGCCGCAGCGCUCGGCCUGGACUUUGAUGUCUGUCUGAUGGCGCACUUUGACUUUUUGCUCGACAUUGAGAGCGACCGAUCCAAGCGCGAGCGUGUGGGACUGGCCUUUACCGCUUCGCCAGACACGCCCACGCUCUUCACGCAGUUCAUCCAUCGUUCCGGUGUGGCCUUCCUCCAAGUUCUGGACGAAGAUGCUGCGGCCAAGGCUGGCGCGACCAACGAGGCGGCCGCGACGGCAACGUCACCGGGCGCGGUUCCGUCGAACGCGACGCCGCUUGGCCGACCGCAGGGCUUUUACUUUUUGAACAAUCAUUUGCUCUCGUUGAAGUGGCGCGGAGCCAAUAGUGACCCACUCCUGGGAGCCAAGCUGUUUGCAGAGAUGACUGAAUUCUGCGCCAGCUCCGCCGGUGUCAAGACUUGGUGGGACACCCUCGUGCAACACGAGCAAAACAAGCGGCGAGCCGAGACAGCGGCCCGGAAUGUGCCGUUGCAACAGCAAGCCUCACAGCAGACAUCAUCACAGCCACAACCAUCCCUUUCUGCGCCAGGCUCUGGCCAACAGCUAUUGCAGCCAAACUCGCAGCAGCAGUUGUUGCAGACUCAGCAGUCCGACACUGCGCCUCAAACCCGCUACCCGUCCGUCAAGGAACUCGAGCAGCAGUUUGCCCAGCGCAGCUCGAUCGAUCUUGCCGGGGAGGCUGCUGGCGAGUGCUCUGUCCCCGACUCUACCGUCCCUCCGAUGUCUGCCGUGAAACCCUUGGUUGAUUCGCCUCUCGCUUCACCACUGGACAUGUCAGUCGCUGCUCCAGCCGCGCCAGUUGCUCGCGUUGGGCGCUUCAGCGUCCGCUCAGACUCUUCCACCUCGGCCACCAGCAUGUCUGCUGCCGCAGUCUCGUCUCAAGCAAUGGAGUCGGAUGACACGUCCAUGUUGAAUGUCGACCAAGACGAGGAUGAGCUUGACCGCCCGCGUGUGACGACCGCAUGAACGUAAAAGACCGAACGAUUCAUUCCUUCACAUCUCAAAUUCACGAUGGGUGCCGCGAGAUUUUGGAUGGUCACGCUACAUUCAUCAUCAGUGGCGUCUUGUCGUGUUCUAAACUCUCUGUGCUGCGCGGCCCGCAACUCUCCUUGGCUUGGUUGAUUCGAAAGAACUUGACAACUUUGUUACCAGCAACUUUUCCUGAGCCUAUUCAGCUCAUCACUGUUUCGUUAUGCAUAUAAGCAUUUAGUUUGUUUAGCACAGUCUACUCCU